GGAGAUCGACCCGGAAAAGCGGAUGAUCCCUUCUCCCUCCAGUUCCAUCUGAGAAAUAAUGAAUGCAUCUUUCCGACAAGUAGAUGAACGCCACCCGCUGAUACCAGGAUACACAGGCUAUGUACCUCUUAGGUUUUACCGGAUUGGCACGAGUUUUGGAAAUGAUUCUGUGUGGUGUGUGAAUGAAUUUCGUGAUAUUUUUGGAAGAAAGAAUGAUCAAAAGAAUGAACUGAAGACCAUAGCAGCAACUACUCCGCAGCUACCUCCCAUUUGCUCCAAUGAAGAAAUAAUAGAAGUACUUGAUGAUUAUAAUUAUAAACAUCACCCCUACAUGCUAGGACCUGUGGAAACAAAAAGAAGUCUACUUGAGCCACCCAUUCCAGGCUGGACUGGAUUCAUGCCCAGGUCCAAGGUGACAGAGCUUGGUCAUGGAGUUCGCUAUCAUGUGAUGGCAGAAAAUUGCUAUCAGGAUUUUAAGGACAUUGUAGAUAGAGUCCAGCCGGGUCCUUCUAGCAAGGAAUCCAAGAAAGAACCUCGCGUUUCCAAAAUCUGUAGAGAUUCACAUAGAUACCAGAGAUGCUACUGGCCUGAGGGGAUGAUGCCCAAGUAUACGGGUCAUAUUCCACAUGAACGUUCUGGCAUUGGGAAGACCUUUGGCAAUAUAUGCCGAAGCUGUUCUGCAUGCAGCCAUGAUGACAAGAACUAUGGAACUUAUCUUGCUAAGAAACGCAAGACUGAAACAGAGCAAGAAAAGGUAAAAGAGGAAAAAUAACCUUUGAGGCAUAAUCUUUGAAUGAGACAAUUAAAGUUGUCUGCGACAAUCAUGCUUAAAAGCGUUCUGUGUUUGAUUAAGGGACCAUAAGAAUUUCAAAUAUGCUGUGUUGCUCAUCAUUUUCAU